UUGUGCGACCAUUGCCAAUCCUGCUUCUCUCCCCACCUCGCUUCCCACAUAUACAACGCACCAACAAAUCUCAUCUUCUUCAUCAACCAAAAACCCCUCCCUCCAUCCGAUUUCUCCCCCUAAAUCUCUCUCAAUUCUCACUUCGCUCGCUCUCCCUUUCUCAACCCAACUCCAAUCCUAUUCCCAUCCAAUCUCAACCAUUUCGAUCCUACCUCAAACCUUUUUCGGCCUUAUAUGCGCUGGAAUUGAGGGGUGAGUGCAUGGAAGCAUCGGUGAAUGAUUCUUCCAGAAUUUAAAAAAUGCCAGGAUUAGCGCAAACAAACGACCGAUUUAGUGAUAAAUCAUCGGUGGUGUACUCGCUUUCAGCCAAUGGAUUUUGGUCUAAGAACCGUGACGACGUUAGCUACAAUCAUCUCUCCAAGUUCUGGAGUGAGCUGUCAUCACAAGAUCGGCAGCAGCUCUUGAAGAUAGACAAGCAAACCCUUUUUGAGCAAGCUCGGAAGAACAUGUACUGCUCCCGGUGUAAUGGGUUGCUGCUCGAAGGUUUUUCGCAGAUUGUUAUGUAUGGGAAAUCUCUGCAGCAGGAGGGAGCCAGGGCACACUUUCCUUGGAAUGGAUCUCCAGGUGUGAAAAAUCAACAUAAUAGUGGAUCGAACAGUAUAAGUGGGCACCAAGAUGAAUUUCAAGAUCCAUCUGUCCUUCCUUGGGGAGGUUUGACAACGACUCGUGAUGGUUUGCUGACGCUUAUGAAUUGCUACUUGAAUUCGAAGUCUCUGAAGGGACUGCAAAUUGUCUUUGAUGGGGCACGUGCAAGGGAGCGUGAGAGAGAACUACUUUAUCCUGAUGCCUGUGGUGGGGGAGGCCGUGGCUGGAUAAGCCAAGGAAUUGUGAGUUACGGCAGAGGGCAUGGGACAAGGGAAACAUGUGCUCUGCACACUGCCAGACUUUCAUGUGAUACAUUGGUGGAUUUUUGGUCAGAACUGGGAGAGGAGACUCGGCAAUCUCUACUAAGGAUGAAAGAAGAAGAUUUCAUUGAGAGACUUGCAUACAGGUUUGAUAGCAAGAGAUUUUGCAGAGAUUGUAGAAGAAAUGUUAUUCGUGAGUUCAAAGAGCUAAAAGAACUGAAGCGCAUGCGUAGAGAACCUCGUUGCACCAGUUGGUUUUGUGUUGCUGACACGGCCUUUCAGUAUGAGGUUUCUGAUGAUUCAAUCCAAGCUGAUUGGCGCCACACAUUUGCAGAUACCAUGGGAUUGUAUCAUCACUUUGAGUGGGCUGUUGGGACAAGUGAAGGAAAAUCUGACAUUUUGGAUUUUAAAAAUGUUGGAAUGAAUGGAUCUGUUCAAGCCAAUGGACUCAAUCUUAGUGGUUUGAGUGCAUGUUUCAUCACCCUCCGAGCUUGGAAACUUGAUGGACGUUGUACUGAACAUUCUGUCAAAGCUCAUGCAUUAAAGGGUCAACAUUGUGUACAUUGCAGGCUAAUUGUAGGGGAUGGUUGGGUUACUAUUACAAAAGGUGAAAGUAUUAGAAGAUUCUUUGAGCAUGCUGAAGAGGCAGAGGAAGAAGAGGAUGAUGAGUCAAUGGACAAGGAUGGAAAUGAGCUUGAUGGAGAAUGUUCCCUUCCUCAGAAACAUGCAAAAAGCCCCGAACUUGCUCGAGAAUUCCUUCUUGAUGCUGCUACUGUUAUAUUUAAAGAACAAGUUGAAAAGGCUUUCAGAGAAGGAACAGCAAGCCAGAAUGCACACGGCAUCUUUGUCUGUCUUGCGUUAAAACUACUGGAGGAACGUGUCUAUGUAGCGUGCAAAGAGAUCAUUACAUUAGAAAAGCAGAUGAAACUUCUUGAAGAAGAAGAAAAGGAAAAGCGUGAAGAGGAACAACGCAAGGAGAGGAGGCGGACAAAAGAAAGAGAGAAAAAACUUAGGAGGAAGGAAAGACUUAAAGGAAAGGAAAAAGAUAAAUCAAGAAAAAGUUCUGAAUCAAAUGAUGUUCCUGGAUCUCCUGAAGCCCCAGAGGAAGAAUUGUCAGCUGAUAUGGAGCAAACUAAUGCUAAUAUCUGCAGGGAUUCAUUUAUUGAAAUGGGCGAUGCUAAUCUGUUGGAGGAUGGAUCUCCUGACAUUCAAGAUGAUGAACCCUCUACUGAGUGUGCUACUUUGAGAACACAAGACCACUCUAGUGAUAGAUGUGAUGGAGAAAUAACCUCUCCAAAAGAUGGGACUGAUACUUUCACGACGGAUCAAUCCAAUAUUUCUCGGCAGAGGCUAAGAUUUAGGAAAGAACAUCAAUUAGAUUUGUCUCACAAGUGGUUUGACAGAAACCGAUGUGCAGUUGUUUGGGAAAAUGGAUCAAUGGUAGGAAGAUCAGAACCAAGGCAUUGUGGAGAUAGUUUUGUGACAUCAUCCAGAAGAAAUAAUGGGUCAAACAGGCAAUUUAGAAUAAAUCCUCCAAAGUCCUAUAGUCGAAAUGUUGGUAUUAAGUAUAAUGAGAAGUUCCAUAGUCCCAAUAACCGGAAUAUUGACAGAUAUGAUUUCCAUUCUUGCAGUUGUAACCUAAAUAACAAGUAUAAAAUGAGGGUUGAUCAAAACUCUCCUAUGACUCAAGUUAGUCACGAGAUAAGACCUGCUGGUAAGUCUGAGUCUGCAAUAAAUACUUCUAAGCAGAAUUAUCGUGGUAGUAAGUAUAAUCAAGUAGACCAUGUGCAUGAGUGUUCUGUGAGACCCAAAAACAGAGCCAUCUCAGGGAACUAUCCAAGUAGGGAGUUGUUUCACUCGAAGAAAGUUUGGGAGCCUAUGGAAUCACAAAAGAAUUAUCUUCGUAGUAAUUCAGACACUGAUGUGACAUUGACGUCCCCACCUUCUAAGGUUCAAGGAGUUCAAUCAGAUAAUAACCUGAUCAAGUCAUCUGAUGGUGAAGUUGGUGUCGACAUUGAUGAUGAUGAUAGUAAUCUGAAGAUGUCCAAAGGUGCGGAUGAAGGAUCUAAGAAUGAACUUCAUCUGGAAGUUGCAGUUUCUUACAAUUCCAAAGAAUUGGCUGGUGAGGAACGUGGAAUGAUUCCAACUAGAAGUUCUACCUUGAGUGGUUCUUCUGAUCAGAGUCAAGGUAGCAUGUCCAAUUCCGAUAACUGCUCAUUGUGCCUAAGUGAGGGUGACAGUAAUACCUCUUCAAAUCGUGGAAAUACAGAAUCAUCAACCACAUCCGAUUCGGAAGAUGCUAGCCAACAAUCUGAAGGAAGAGAAAUUUCUGCGGGUAUUGAGAAUGGUCUGUCUGGUUGUCAUGAAGUUGGGUUGGGGAAAGAUUACAAUGCAAGUAGAGAGGAUUUGGCCAGCAGGUCAUUAUUUGUUCCCUUUUCAGAUGGAGCAGGGAGUGAUAUAUCAGGGAAUCCUGGGAGAGACAAAUUUAUUAAAGGUUAUUCUGCCAGCAAUCUGUGUUCUGAACCUCAAAGUAUGCUUGCCCCAGGGUCGAACCAGAACAUACAAUUUCCAGUGUUCCAAGCUCCUUCAACAAUGGGUUAUUACCAUCAAAAUCCAGUUUCAUGGCCAGCGGCUGCCACAAGUGGGUUGCUGCCAUUCCCACAUCCAAAUCAUUAUCUAUACGCUAGCCCACUUGGAUAUGGCUUAAAUGAGGACCGUCAAUUCUGCUUGCAGUAUGGCGCCUUGCAGCAACCAAUGCCUUUCUUCAGCGCUGCCGCUGUUCCAGUCUAUCAGCAAUUCAGCAAAGUUAAAGGCUUAAAUGCAGAGGAACGGUCUCAAGCUACUAAACCUGCUUCAAUGCAAGAGAAUCUCAAUGGAAAUACUGCAGAAAGGGGUGUUCCAGCUGGAUCAAAAACGGCACUGAGUGGAGAAGUUGGGCAUGAAAGUACUGCCAAAUCACAAGCGAAUAACGGUAGUUUCUCCUUGUUUCAUUUUGGAGGGCCUAUAGCUCUUUCAAAUGGCUGUAAAUCGAUUCCUGCAUCUUCAAACGGGGGAACCGUUGAGGAUUUAAGCUUGAAUAGUCGAGUCGAUUACCCUUGCAAUAAGAAAGAGACAAACACCAUGGAGGAAUACAACUUGUUUGCAGCAAGUAAUAGUUUAAAGUUCUCUAUUCUCUAAUUAUCAGAGAAGGAUAAGAUGGCUAUUUGGGAAUUUAGUCCCCCACCUUUUCAUAUAAAUGGAGGUUUGAGCACCUUCUAAUUCGGGAAACAAUAACCAUCCUCCAGCAAUUUCCGAUUUUGGCCUAUAGUUGAGUAGUGUCUGGUACACAAUUUAUCUUUGCUUUUCUUUUGAUGUGGAGAGAGAUUGGGAGAGAGCCUGUCAUUUUUAAGGUUUUUUUAUCUUCCGUGUGCGUUCAAAAAUGCCUCCUUCCUGAGUUUCAGUGAAGCGUUUGUUUGUUUGUUUUUUCUUUUCCCCCUCUUUAAUGCUUGAAACGAAACCAUUUUGCAUAGUGAAAGUGAUGUCGGGGUUCUUGGACACAGUACCAUCGUGCUUAAACCUAUGAUUCAGCUAGACCGUUCUUCUCACGGCAAAUUAGCUCAAGACUUUUAGUGAUUGCGAGGAUAUUUGUAGCGAGUAUAAGAUGAGUUGUAUUAUUUCAUUACGGGUCAAUAGUGCAGUUCUUUAUGCUUCGUUUUAUAUUAAUGAUACAGGAGAAUAUCCUCUGCAAUUUACAGAUCA